GCGCAACAUUGGGUCUUCAUACUUCAACAUUUCCAACUCGCGAGAGAUCGGAGGUUGCUAUUUCCUCUUCUUAUUCCACUUCAGCGUGUCUUCUUCUACCAUAUCGCAUUAAUCCGCCCAUCCGCGCUACCCCGCUGUUUACUUCAGAACCCGCCCCACUACGUCACAACGAGAUGGGCGCAUUGAAUCUACUUCCUUUAGUGGUCCUAUUCGCAGUCGUCGGAGGCGUAGGGUGGGUCUGCUAUCAGGUCUUCCUUUACUCGAACGAACUCGCGGAGCGCGGCGUAAAGAAAAUGGAGAAGAAGAACGUCUUAUUCACAAAGGAUGGCGCAAAGGUCGGAGUGAAGGAGGUGAGCGCAGAGGCAUAUGCGGACAAGACACAGAGGGCUUUCGUUAAAACGUGGAAUGCUGCGCAGGAUGGGUCACCAGCUUCAUCUACUCGAUCGCGGACUAAGUAGAGACGAUGAUACGAUGCGGAACGAGAAUUCCAUUCGAGCGAGUGCAUUGGACAUUUCUUCUUAUCUUGGCUUAAGGGCGUGGGAUAUCAUCAGCAAAUCGAGCGACAGGCAAGAUGAUCUAGCUAAUUGAUCACGGCAGGUAACUAGGGCUUGCUAUAUAAUCACAGUUUGCGAUUCUAGUCGGCUUUAAGGCAGGAUACUAGUAACGGUGCAAUCAAAACACGAGGCAUCUAGUCGGUCGGACAACAACCAACACCUUUCAUGUAAUCAUACUCCCAAAGGCGGCAAAUUGCCUCUUGUAGUCAUGUUCAGCGACUAGCCCAACGGCCCGUGCUUCCUGCCCAGUGUUAACACAAAGCUGCGAACUAUAUUUACAAAAGAGCUCGUAUUUAGUAGCUGACUAGUGUGG